UACAGGCGGCCUCCCAAAGCCUCACCGGUGCAUCCGACCGAGGUCAAUAUGUCUCGCCCUCGUAUCUUUUCAUCCAACCAUUUACAAUCCUAGACUAGACUAAUCUUCCCCGCUGCUAGUCAUUUACAUCUUCAAGUUUCUUGGCAUUGACGAGUUUGAUAUUUAUCGGACAUAAAAGGUGUUGAUGACAGACUUUAUUACCCAGAUAAACGAUAGACUCUGCUGCCACGUUGUUGCUACUUUAUCGGGCUGUCCCAAGAUUUCUUAUCAAACGCCGUGGCUGAAAAGGCUUGUUUUACAACGAUGUCACGAUGUCAUCGGGAACUCAUUUAAAUCAUUGCUCUUUAAAUACCUUAGGUAUACGAGCCAAAGAAUCAAGUCGGCCCCUCAACUUUACGCAGCCUCCAGUCAGCGGGAAAUAAAAAUUACCUACUCUCAAACUAUCCCACCCUUGCAACUCACACACCAACAGCCCCCAAAAACGAUGACGACUUCAUCACCCUUGGCACUCCAGUGGGACCAUCUAUUGGCGCCUUUGGCUCGUGGAGCUGGUUGAUAUCUCUGCAACUGUGAAAACCGUUCAAGUCCUUUCUCGUUCUAGACCUCCCGUGGUCCCACGCGACGGCCCAGAAAUACUGAAGCUUAAAUCUUGGAACGUCGUUAAAAAUUAUCAUGACCGU